AUGAGAGACGACCAAGGCCCCCCCUUUCCAACAAAGCUGGCCGCAGCCAAGCGUAAGCUCGUCUUUGUCCCAAGCCCGACAAAAAUAUUACUGUGUCACUCCCAUCCCCCGUCUCACUUCGCCCCCGGCCGGAAACCCCCCGGUCACCGCCUCGCAAGCAUCAUCAUGACCUGGGCAACUGUGGGAAAAAAGGCGGCAUCGGGCUGCGGCCCUGGAAUGUCAAUGGCGAGCGUACGCUCUGUGGGAGAGCAGAGACGCUUCGCGCAUACCAUGGCAAAGCAAGCCACGAUUAAACCGCUCGCCGCGGCUGCGACGACGACUACGGCCACCGCCGAGGCGGCGAGGCCCAUGUCCUCAUCAUCUGUGGCCCGAGUUAAAAAGCGAGCCCUGGAAAGAGAUGUCAUUGUCUCUGUGCUAGAGUCAACGGCCACAAGACGGGACGCCAAAGGCUAUCUGCAAAAGUACACCGCCAACCAACCUGAUAAAGAGGCAUCAGAGACAGCACCGGACAGUCAAAAAUCUACCAGCACUUGCACUGUUCCCGGACCUGUCAAUAUCGCCAUCAUUAUGCUGCGCGAUCCACAGCAUCUUGUCCAGAGCACGGUGGACGGCAUCGCCAAGACCAUCGCGCAGCUGCGGGCAUUGGGCCUUUUGAGUGCUGUAGUCAUUGACUGCACCGGGGAUAGCAACCGCCAGGUCUUUGACACCGAAGCACUGCGACUUUGUGAAGCUGUCGACAACUUUGGCAAGCCUGGUGCCAAGGUGAUAAGCGACAUCUUUCUCGGGCAAGCGUCGGACGCGCAGCAGCCCUCGGCCUAUUGCAACUCAAUCAAAGUCAGUGACCGCGGCCUUUUGAAGCGCGCUUUCCAGCGCGGACUUAUUCCUGUUGUCCCAUCCAUGUCUGCUCGAGAUGAACUAUCCGCUGCCAGGCCUGCCGGCGCGGAGCAAACAGUGCUGGCGUUGACGGCUUUCCUGUCCGGCCUUCAGUUCGACAAGCCCCCUCUUCCAGAUGCGAGCGGGAACAGCAAGAAUAUUUGGCGACCGGAAAAGAUUGCUUCCGUGGAGCGAGUCAUCUUGCUGGAUGCGCUGGGCGGCACGCCGACCUCUGGCCGCGGUGUGGGCGUGUGCCAUCGCUUCAUCAACCUGGAGCAAGAGUACGACAGGCUGCGUGCGCAACUCUUGGGACCAGAGGGAUCGCCAGCGACAGGAAGUCCCAGCGGCAAACCAACUACAAACAAUCACGUUUCGAAUCUGGCCCUGGCAAAAGAGACGCUGUCCAUCCUGCCGCCGUCAUCGUCUGCUCUCAUCACCACACCCUUUGCCGCUGCAAACACGAGCCCGAUUUACUCGGAGCCACGGUCGAUCAAGAUGGAGGAGGGUCAAUUGGGCUUCGAUGGCAUGGUUACUACGCGCAAAAAGCACAAUCCAAUUCUUCACAACCUAUUGACGGACAAACCAAUGUAUUCGUCAUCCUUGCCGCUCCAACGAAUUCAAGACGGUGGCUACAGAGUAGAUCCGAGAGAUUCUACUGCAGCCACAAUGGUGAAGCGAGGUAUGCCGUUGACCAUCUAUCCGGAUCCACGAGAGAACCCUUGGCGACCACCAAAGCCAGGCGCACCACGCUGCCGACUGACAGAUCACAAUGUCGAUCUGCCGCGGUUGGUACAUCUCAUUGACGAUUCCUUUGGACGUAAGCUCGAUGUCGAAGACUAUCUGCACCGCGUCAACGACAACCUCGCCGGGAUCAUCAUCGCAGGCGAAUACGAUGGCGGCGCCAUCCUCACGUGGGAGAAGCCGGAGGGCGUGACCGACCAGGAAGCCUACGACCAGGGACUGUACGUGCCGUACCUCGACAAGUUUGCCGUGUUGAAGUCUCGGCAGGGCAGCGGCGGCGUGGCCGACAUUGUCUUCAACGCCAUGGUGCGCGACUGUUUUCCCGAGGGCGUCUGCUGGCGGAGCCGAAAAAACAACCCCGUCAACAAGUGGUAUUUUGAACGGUCCGUCGGCACCAUCAAGCUCUCGGACUCCAACUGGACCAUGUUCUGGACAACACUGGGCUUGUGCGGGCGCCAGCCAAAGCUGGAGCAGUACGAGUCCGUGUGUCGUAGUGUGCAGCCGAGCUGGGCUGACAACAAGCAUAUUGUAGAUUAG